CAGCUUAAGGAUGGACAGUUGGAACCAGUGGCAUUCCAACUAGUAAAUGUAGUUGGAAAUGGGGUCAAGGGAAUUGGAUUUUGGACACCAAAACAUGGAAUUUCACGAGAACUUAACCUGUCAGAUAGCCAGCUCUAUUCAACAUCUACGAACAGUCUUCAACCUACCAUCUGGCCUGGACUAUCUGCUGUUACCCCAAAAGGUUGGACAAUGCCAGUGAGUGGAAAGAAAUUGAGAAUUGGAGUUCCAAUGAAAGGUGGUUUUACUGAAUUAGUGAAGGUGGAUCGCGAUCUGCAAACUGGUGUAGUUUCUGUAUCUGGCUUCUGCAUAGAUGUGUUCAAGGCUGCAGUUGAAAAUUUACCUUAUGCAUUAACUUAUGAGUUCAUCCCCUUUGACAAUUCUAAUGGAAGCAGUGCACUAACCUACACUGACCUUGUAUUCCAAGUCUAUCUCCAGGUUAGUUUUUGCCUCCUCAACCUAUUCUUCGAACUCAUUUAGCAACUCCAUGCCUUCUUUUUUCUAGAUGCUUAGAGCAUUCACAAGCUAUGUUGAUGCAAGCCCAUCAAACGAAUUUACCAAAUAUGAGUCACUAAAACAUAUUCCAUGAUCAUAAUUGAACUCUAUAUGGAGGGUUUGGGAUCACUUGCUUCUGAAGUUACUGAUUAUGAACAUUUUUAUGGAACAUAUGUUGUCCCUUAGUAGAUGUUGACCUAACAUCACCACAUGUUUGAAACCAUAUCAAACUAUCUUCCCUCUAGCAUGUUCUCAUAUGUCAUAUUUUGUUUUGGCAAGGGAACCAAUUAGGUUUUUGAUGCAGUGGUGGGGGACGUUACAAUCACAUCAAACUGAUCUUUGUAUGUGGACUUUACUUUGCCUUAUACAGAGUUAGGUGUGGGCAUGGUGGUGCCUAUUGAGAUUGGAAAAGCCAAGAACAUGUGGAUCUUUUUGGAGCCUUUGACAGUGGACCUUUGGCUUGUUAGUGGUGCUUUUUUCAUUUUGACAGGGUGUAUUGUUUGGUUCAUAGAACGCAAAAUCAAUGAUGAGUUUAAGGGCUCAAGGGCUCAACAAGUUGGAAUGAUAUUCUGGUAUUCAUUCUCAACCCUGGUAUUUUCACAAAGGGAAAAGUUGAUAAGCAACUUGUCCAAGUUUGUGGUGAUUGUAUGGCUAUUUGCUGUGCUCAUACUAACUUCAAGUUACACUGCAAGUUUGAGUUCAAUGCUAACUGUCAAUCGACUUCAAAUGCUUCAGAAAGGGAGUUUUAUAGGUUAUCAAAAGGGAUCGUUAGCUAGAGAAGUAGUUAAUAAUUUAAAUUUUGCAAAUUCCUCGCUUCAAACAUAUGGAUCUAUUGAAGCCUAUGCUCAUGCCCUAACAGAAGGAAGUAAAAAGGGUGGAGUUUCUGCCAUCAUUGAUGAGAUACCUUACAUUAAGCUCUUUCUUGCACAAUAUGGUGACCAGUACACCAUGAUCGAACCCGAAUAUCUUACCACCAAUGGAUUUGGCUUUGUUUUUCCAAAAGGGUCCCCUUUGGUCUCUGAUAUUUCAUGGGCAAUAGCAAAGCUAAGAGAAGAUGGUAAACUUGAUAUGAUACAGCAAACUUGGUUUCAAGACCAAUCGGUUUUUAAGAAGCAAAAGUCUCCAACAAAACCAAGCAUCCUCGACUCCUACAGCUUUCGUGGCCUCUUUCUAGUCACGGGUACCUCUUCAACUCUAGCCUUGAUCAUAUUCUAUGUUUUCCUGAUCAGGAACAAAUUAACCAGUGAAGGACAACCUCAGCUUAGCAAUCGAAUUGCGCAAGAACCUUUAUCUGAUGGUAGUAUUAGUAUGUCUACAGCUGCACUAGACAUUUCAGACCAUCCAACUGAUAACAAUAUCUCAACUGAAGGAGAGGAGAAUUUGAGUAACACUAAUAAUGGAAACCAACCUUCAUAACUAUUAAUUGCAGAAAUACAAUUCAAAUGACUAAUAAGUUUUAGAUGACAAUUAUCCUGCAAAUGAAUUCUAGUGGUUUAUAUGAAAAUUUUAAAGUAUUUGAUCCAACUUAUGAUGAAAUGUGUGCAAGAGGGAGUGGAGAUCAAAAUCACUGACAACUAUUUUGGGAGAGUAUGACUCCAAGGCCAACCAUUGAGCCUCCA